AUGCCUAUGCGAAAGAAGGCAACCUUGGGUAAUUCUGUAGACGGAAAGCAGAGCGGUGUUCAUGCCAAAUCAAAGCAGUCUACAUUAGCCUUCGGUCAGAAGCCAGCACUGAAGAAGAAAGCUUCGGAUGAUAAAGAAGAUGAUAUUGAGGAUGGCCCAAUGGAGAAGCCUACAUCGAAUGGCGAUGCAGAAAAUCCUUCCUCAGACCAAAAUAUGAGCGAAAGCCCAAGGUCGACGUCUCUGAAGCGGGAGAAGACUGACCAAGAGGCGGAGGAGGAGGAGGACGACUCGGACGAUCAGCCGGUCGUCAAGCGGAGGAAAAAGAGCUCCGAUGGUCCAGUGUCAAAACGAUCAGGCGAGGCAAGACUCAAUGGAAAGGAGGCUAAGAAAGCACCGGCCGCAAUUACAAUGCCUGCGACAUCGGAAGAUCCCUUGGAAAAUGCCACGUUAGGGGCUGAUGAACCUGUCUCUGGAGAAGAGGAGCGAUCAGGCGAUGAAGUGGACGAAAAGUCUACACCAACAACCAAGAAGCAUGAAAAGAUACAGGCCGCUCUUAAAGUAUCAGGUAAAGACCCAUAUCCUGAUUGGAAGGCUGGCGAUCCCGUACCUUAUGCUGCGCUUUGCACAACAUUCUCCUUGAUCGAGAUGACUACAAAGCGGCUGGAAAUAUCGGCCCACUGCUCUUUGUUCCUACAGCAAGUGUUACGCCUUACCCCUGGAGACCUCCUCUCAACUGUGCAGUUGAUGAUAAACAAGGUCGCGGCAGAUUAUGCAGGCAUAGAGCUUGGAAUUGGAGAAUCUUUGAUCAUCAAGGCUAUCAGCGAAACGACGGGACGGACUCUCGCAGAAACAAAGGCUGACCACCACAAAAUUGGCGAUCUUGGAUUGGUUGCUGCUAAAAGUCGAUCCAACCAGAGAACGAUGUUCAAGCCCAAACCAUUGACUGUGAAGGGAGUGCAUGAGGGCUUACUAGCAAUCGCAAGUGUCCAAGGCCAUGGCGCACAAGAAAGGAAAGUGAACAGCAUCAAGAAACUACUCUCCUCCGCCGAUGCUGCUGCCGCGGCAAAGAGCCAGAAAGGUAUCGACAUUACGAAGGACAAAGGUGGUGCAAGCGAGUCAAAAUACUUGAUCCGAUUUCUAGAAGGAAAGCUACGACUGGGACUGGCAGAGAAGACCGUCAUUGUAGCCCUGGCACAAGCUAUGGUCAAACAUGAAGCUGCACAGAAAGGGAACAAGCUCCUAAGUACUGAGCAGAUGGCGAAAGGUGAAGCCGUUCUGAAGGCAGUGUACAGUGAACUUCCAUCAUAUGAGGUGAUCAUACCUCAAAUGCUGGCGCACGGAAUAUUCAAUCUGCGUGACAAUUGCAAAUUGCAACCUGGCGUGCCUCUCAAGCCCAUGCUGGCAAAACCGACGAAGUCCAUCACAGAAGUACUGGACCGAUUCGAAGGCAAAGACUUUACCUGUGAAUACAAAUACGACGGUGAGAGAGCACAGAUUCACUAUGUUGCCCCCGAUACUGUACAACAAUUCCCUGCUGCAAAGACCACACUACAGAAAGACGCUGGAGUGAAAGGACUGUCUUCCAUAUUCUCUCGGAAUUCAGAGGACCUGUCAAAGAAGUAUCCGGAUAUUCUUGCGAAACUCAACACCUGGAUCAAACCUGAAACUAAAAGCUUUGUCCUUGACUGUGAGACGGUGGCAUGGGAUAUGGAAACGAAGAAAGUCUUGCCGUUUCAGCAAUUGAUGACUCGGAAACGCAAAGAUGUGAAGGCAGAAGACGUAAAAGUCAAGGUCUGCGUAUUUGCGUUCGACAUCUUGUUUCUGAAUGGAGAGGCUACGGUGAAGAAGUCGUUAAGAGAACGGCGUGAGCUGCUUCAUGAAGCCUUUGAACCAGUCGAAGGCGAAUUCGCUUUCGCUCAAUUUGGUGACACGAAAGAGAUCGAGGAGAUUCAGACAUUACUCGAUGAGUCUGUCAAGGCGUCCUGUGAAGGUUUGAUGGUCAAGAUGCUUGAUACCGAGGAAUCAGGCUAUGAGCCAUCCAAGCGAUCCCGGAAUUGGUUGAAGGUCAAAAAGGAUUAUCUGAGCGGCAUCGGUGAUUCUCUCGACUUGGUCGUUCUUGGGGCCUACUUUGGGAAAGGCAAGCGGACAUCAGUAUAUGGCGCCUUCCUACUCGCAGCUUACAAUGCCAACGACCAAGUUUACGAAACAGUGUGCAAUAUCGGAACUGGGUUCAGUGAAGCGAUCCUCGAAGAGUUACAUUCCCAACUUUCAGAGCACGUGAUUGACAAGCCAAAACCAUUUUACCGCCACUCGACCGUGAAGAAUGACCAACCCGAUGUUUGGUUCGAUGCACGAGUCGUGUGGGAGGUCAAGACAGCGGAUCUCACACUGAGCCCGCGGUAUAGGGCCGCCAUUGAUGAUAUGGGUGUCAAUAAGGGUAUCUCCCUCCGCUUUCCUCGGUUCAUCAAGCAGAGGGACGACAAGAAACCGGAUGAGGCCACGACUACAAAGGCGGUGGCAGAGAUGUAUCGGAAGCAGGAGAGCGUUACGAAAGAUUCGAAGGGUGGGGUGGAUGACGAUUUCGACUACUGA